UUUUUUUCUUAUUGAUAAAAUUGAAUUUUAUUAACAUUAAAAAAACCUGCAGAACAACAAAAUCAUCCAUCUAAUAAAAAAAAACAGUGUGUUGAAACUGAGGCAAGUACUUGUGCACUUUUAAGUAAUAAAUCGCAAAUUAUUGAAUCACCCAGCAAAAGGGUUCAGGACAUGCUCCGCAGAAAUGUCCCCGACGGUUCUGCUGGUAUUGAAACAUGUGGUGCUACUCGUCAUUUGCCUGGUCGGUGACAAACUUCUACAGAUCAUACAGAAACCACCGUUGCUGAAAGCAGUUGUAGAUAACGUAACGCACGCCCUUAUCGGUCUGAUUGCCACCGAAAUCGUCGUCCACCAGUUCCGGGAUCAGUUGGGACGAAACGAACUAUGGUUGCUGAUCGGUUUUGGCUUCGGGAUGUCGUCCUGGAUCGACGUGGAUCACUUCAUAGAAGCCCGAUCGUUUCAUAUUCAUGACGCCACUAAUCUAACACAUCGACCAUUCCUACACAAUUCGGUGAUAUUUCUGGUGCUCCUCGUUGCAACCAGUCUGCUGGUUAACGUACAGGAAAACUUCUCCACAUCUAUCUGGACGGCCAUUGCAUUCGUGGCGUUUUUUACCCACCACCUGAGGGAUGCUAUCCGACGGGGACUGUGGUUCCGAGCGCCCUAUCUCAACUAUAGCACUGCUCCGGUGCUUUACUGGCUCUAUAUAGCGUUGAUACAGCUGUGUCCCCAUGCUGUGAUCCAGCUGCUCGAAAUGCAGCAGCGACAACUGGCUCGAUCAUCGUCGGCGGGAGCAUCGAUUGAAUAUCGACCGCUUGCGGUUGUUUGAAUCGAA